AUGUCUUCCCAUACCUCCACCCCAACCACCCUCCACACCUCCAGCACACCUUCCAAUCGCCCCCUAGCGGACUUCUUCUCCGUGACUCCAAGCGCGACGAGUAGUCGAUACUCGCAGCCUGAGAGCCACUACGUCAAGUACUCCAAACCCCGUGAGCGAAGUAACUUCUCGGUCAAGACACUCAUUGAAGAGGAGACUGUGGUGACGCCUAGCUUGAAUCGAGCCAGCACUGCGUCGACGUCGAAGAAUGCCCAUCCUUUCGGUGCUGAAGCCUUCAACAAUCCACGACCGACGCCGCCACUACCAUUUGUGAUACCGGGGGAUCAUGAUCUCAAGCGGUCACAGAGUAGCAGGGUAGCCCAGUCAUCUGCUCAAGCUACGCGAGCACCCGCACCAACUAACACCCAAACAGGGCUGUCCAGGACUCUAUCAACUACCCUUCGAUCCGGCCUUCGCCGUCUCACCAGCACCCACGGCCGCGGUCCAAGCAUCGAAAAAUCCACCAUCCGGUCGCCUACGGGGUUCAGAGCUGAUUCUCGCGCCUAUGCUAAUGGGGUUCCCAUGGAUGUGGCGAACGCCAUCCCGAUAGCUGAAGCACAGCGUAGACGAGCUGAGCUUGGCGACCAAGCUUUCGUGCGUACGGCAGCGACUGCUAGGCCGGUUGGCGUGACAAGGUCUCAGUCAGUCUCGAAAGCUGCAUCCGAGCAGAAGAUCCCGAGAUCAGGGAAUAGCAAUGCUUCCAAGAAGCAGGCAAUACCACCAGCUCUUCCCGCUCCAGCGCAUGUUCCUGCUCCGGCUCCAACGGCGAAGCAGAGCAGACGACUCAGCAACGCCAGUGGCAUGACAACAUGGACGCAAUUCGUCGAUGCCGGCUUCGCCUCUUCACCAAUCCCAUCAACUAAGAGCCACAGUAAUGUGGAAAGCUGGAACACGAUAAACAUCCUCAACCACAACCUAACGCCAAGAACGAUCCCCGAAAAGUCGUCUAUGCUCCCCCUGCCUCUGAACACGAGCAAGGCGCUCCCAGAAGAACCGAAUCCGGCACCACCGCAUAAUUCGAUCGCGAGGGCCCGACGAUGUAGUUGCGACGCAACUUGCAUGGAAGACCUUUAUGACGGCUGCGUGAGGAUCCCGGAUAGACCUGUCAGCCCACCAGCUAGUGUCGUCGAAGCAAUCGCCCAAGCCACUAGACUGCGUAAAGCUGACAAUGAAGGCGAGGAUGAAGAAGAUUGGUCAUGGUCCGGUUCCAGUAUCGCCACCCACAUUCCUCCAACAAACCAGCAACUCUACCACCCCAACAACGAAACAUCAGUCCGCGCUUCCGACGUCGAUGAGGUCCGUCGACUGUACAAUCUCAAAUUCGGUCGCCCUGGAACGGCUGGGAGCGAGGAGUCGGAGGGAGACACGACGGUAGAUCAUCGGCUUCAUGGGAGCCAUGUUUCGAUUUUGGUGACUAGUUAUCCGAAUAAUGAUACGAUCAAGUCUGUGCAUCGGAGGGUUCCUUUGCCUGAUGCGGCUGGGAGGGUUUGGGAAGGGUUGGAGGUGGAGAGGGAGGGGUGGGGUGGGGUGGUUAGGAGGGAGAGUGUGAGGAAGGAGAGGCAGGCGAGAAGUCGAGUUCAGAGCUCGGCAUGA